UCCUCGGGCAGAAUGGGGCGCUUCACCGUGUGGGACUAUGUGGUCUUUGCGGCUAUGCUGCUCAUCUCGGCCAUCAUUGGCAUCUACUACGCCUUCGUGGGAGGAGGGCAGAAGACAUCAAAGGACUUCCUCAUGGCAGGCCGCAGCAUGAGUGCCCUCCCGGUGGCACUGUCCCUCACCGCCAGCUUCAUGUCAGCCGUCACGGUGCUGGGCACCCCUGCUGAGAUCUAUCGCUAUGGUGCCAUCUUCUGCAUCUUUGCCAUCACCUACGGCCUGGUGGUGCUGUGCAGUGCUGAGAUCUUCCUGCCUGUCUUCUACAAGCUGGGCAUUACCAGCACCUAUGAGUAUUUAGAACUUCGGUUUAAUAAAUAUCUACGCCUCUGUGGAACGGUCCUUUUCAUAAUACAAACGACUUUAUACACUGGUAUUGUCAUUUAUGCUCCAGCUUUAGCACUAAAUCAAGUCACUGGCUUUGACUUGUGGGGCGCAGUGGUGGCGACUGGCGUGGUCUGCACGUUCUACUGCACAUUGGGUGGUCUGAAGGCAGUGGUGUGGACAGAUGUUUUCCAGGUUGGAAUCAUGGUUGCUGGAUUUUCAUCUGUGAUUAUACGAGCUGUGGUGGUUCAGGAGGGAAUUGGACGCAUUGUAAAUGAUUCCUACCAUGGAGGAAGAUUAAACUUCUGGGACUUUGAUCCCAAUCCUUUGCAAAGGCACACCUUCUGGACGAUUGUUAUAGGGGGGACUUUCACAUGGACUGGUAUAUACGGGGUUAACCAGUCUCAAGUCCAGAGAUACAUCGCAUGCAAAAACAGAUUCCACGCAAAAUUGUCCCUCUACAUCAACCUGGUGGGACUCUGGGCAAUCCUGGUCUGUGCCACACUGUGUGGGCUGGCCCUCUACUCCAUCUACAAAGACUGUGACCCAUGGACGGCCAAACAGGUGUCAGCACUCGACCAGCUAAUGCCAUACCUAGUGCUGGAUAUCAUGCGUGAUUUCCCAGGAGUGCCGGGACUUUUUGUGGCUAGUGCCUACAGUGGGACAUUAAGUACGGUGUCCUCCAGCAUCAAUGCUCUGGCUGCUGUGACUGUUGAAGACCUCAUUAAGCCCUACUUCAAAUCUCUCUCUGAAAAGAAGCUGUCAUGGAUUUCCAUGGGGAUGAGCCUCUUUUAUGGUGGAGUCUGCAUUGCUAUGGCUGCGGUGGCAUCUCUUCUGGGAGCCUUGUUGCAGGCAGCGCUCAGCAUUUUUGGCAUGGUUGGUGGCCCCCUUUUAGGACUGUUUGCCUUGGGAAUCCUCUGCCCCUUUGCAAAUGGAAUCGGAGCAUUUGUAGGUCUUGUCAGUGGUUUCAUUAUUUCACUUUGGGUUGGAAUUGGAUCUCAGAUUUAUCCUCCACUUCCAGAGAGAACCAAGCCACUCCAUCUCUCAACUGUGGGAUGUAAUAUAUCCUUAGGAAAUUUAACAUCAACAGAAAUUCCAUUAACAACGGUUUUCAGUACACCAGGUGCAGAAAGGCCUGCCCUGGCAGACAACUGGUAUUCCUUGUCUUAUCUCUACUUCAGCACACUUGGGACACUCGUCACAGUAGUUGUGGGAAUAAUUAUUAGCCUCUUAACAGGAGGACUAAAGCAGAACACAGAUCCUAAAUUCCUGCUGACCAAGGAAGAUUUCCUGUCCAACUUCUCAGGGUCUGAAACUGAACAACCAGAGAAAGUGGAAGUGUUGAACUGGAAACCAUUUACCAUGGCAAAUGAAGGAACUGACAACCCUGCCUUUAGCCACAUUGAAAUGGAUGUUGCAAGUGACAAGAAUAAAGUCAAUGGUCUUCACAUAUGA